AUGGUUGCCGAUACUGCCUACUAUGAUGCCCUAGGUGUGCCACCUACGGCCACCGAGCUGGAAAUUAAGAAGGCCUACCGGAAACUUGCUAUUGUCACUCACCCAGAUAAGAACCCGGGAGAUGAAACCGCACACGAACGCUUCCAGGCGAUCGGUGAGGCGUACCAAGUCCUGAGCAAUGAAGAUCUCCGAAAGCGAUAUGAUAAAUUUGGCAAGGAGGAGUCGGUGCCUGGUGGUGGCUUCGAGGACCCGUCCGAAUUUUUCAGCAUGAUCUUCGGUGGUGAGGCAUUUGUUGAUCUUAUCGGCGAGAUUUCCCUCAUGAAGGACCUCACCGCAACUAUGGACAUCACGAUGCAGGAAAUGGAGGAGGAAGAGCUGGCCCAGUCCGCGGAAGAGAAGCUGAACAUCCACGACGAGGAGGGGCCGCACCUGCAGCUGCAGCUGCAGCUGCCGGCCCAUCCGAGAAGCCAACCACCGACCAGAGCUCUGGCACCAGCACCCCCCCGGCGCAACUUCGGCCAACAGGCCCUCAUGGACAAAUCCGAAGAAGAAGCUCGCAUGGAGGCAGCCGGUCUGUCCCAGGAGGAGAAGGAGCUGCGCAAAAAGGAGAAGAAGAAGGGUCUGUCCAAGGAGCAGCAAGAACGCCUUACUGCCUUUGAGGAUGAGCGCAGAAAGGCUCGAGAGGAUCGUGUCAACACACUAGCGAAUAAGCUGAUUGAUCGUUUGAGCGUUUGGACUGAGACGGACAAGGGCAAGGAUGUGUCCCAUGCUUUCGAGGAGAAGAUCCGACUCGAGGUCGAGAACUUGAAGAUGGAAUCUUUCGGCCUGGAAAUUCUCCACGCUGUCGGCCAAACCUAUGUUCAGAAGGGUACUUCCUUCCUCAAGUCACAGAAGUUCCUGGGUAUCUCUGGCUUCUUCUCCCGGUUGAAGGACAAGGGCACCCUCGCGAAGGAGACCUGGACCACCAUCUCCACAGCCAUCGAUGCACAGAUGACUAUGGAGGAGAUGGCCAAGAUGGAGGAACGCGGCGGUGAAGAUUGGACUGACGAGAAGAAGGCCGAAUACGAGAAGAAAGUUACUGGCAAGAUCCUCGCUGCGGCGUGGCGUGGCAGCAAGUUCGAAAUCCAGAGUGUCCUGCGUGAUGUCUGUGACCAGAUUCUGAGCGACAAGCGGACCCGGCUUGAGAAACGUGUUGAGCGUGCGCAUGCGCUGGUGAUUGCCGGCAAUAUCUACGCGAAGGCCGCACGCGACCCCGAGGAAGAAGGCGAUUACAUGGCCUUCGAGCAGCUUAUGGCCGAGGCCAUGAGCAAAAAGGGCAAGGAUGAGAAGGAGAAGGACAAAAAGAAGAAGAAGUCCAAGCACGACCAUGAGGAGACCCACGGGAAAGAGCCUGUGGAAGAGACCACUGUCUGA